AUGCCUAGUCGGGGAUUCCAGCUCUGGGUGACGGACGUGGUGGUUGUGAUUGUUGCUGGCGUCUUCGUGGCUAUCCGUCUGGUCUCGAGAUAUCUGAGGAGCGGAAUCCAGGUCGACGACUGGACUAUUCUGGCAGCCCUGGUGCUAUCUGUGCUGUUCUCGACAACGCAGAAUGUCGCCGUUGGGUAUGGAUUCGGCAAACAUGAUUGGGAUAUGACCGACGAGCAGGAGAAGAGGUCUCUCAAGUGGAUUCUUGUCGCUCAAGUGUUAUACAAGCUGGUGAUUUGUCUGGCUAAGGUGUCCAUCCUGCUGCUGUACUUGAGGAUCUUCUACGUGCACCAGUACUUCAGGCGGAUAUGCAUCUGCCUGGUCGUGUUCACCAUCCUCUCGGGCAUUGCCUUCAUCCCACCGACGAUCUGGCAGUGCUCGCCCGUGGAGGCGUAUUGGGACAGGUCGAUUCCGCACACCUGUCUGAGCAGCUUCCCCAACUGGCUGUCGUAUGCGAUAAUCAACAUCACGACAGAUGUGAUACUGCUGGUUCUGCCAGUGCAGCAGAUUCUGCGUCUGCAGCUGACGAAGCGAGACAAGAUUGCCCUGAUACUGGUGUUCCUUCUGGGAUCAUUGUAA